CUAUGAAACCAAACCAUGCAAAAUGGUCCCCCAAUUGCUCUUUCUUUUUGGCUUCAGCUCUGAUUCUUUCUUCCCCUCCCUUCCUAGAGAGAGACAAAGAGAGAGAGAGAGGGGGGAGAGGGAAGAGAGAAAAAAAAAAUAAAGGGUCCCCUACAAAGGUAAGGCCCCAACCUAAAAGUUAUUAAUGCUCUUCCAAUAUGUAUAUAGAAACACUCACUAACCUUGUCUGCAGAGAAAACUGCGGCAGUUGGGAGCUCUGGCGUGACAAUAUUCAAUUUGCUUCCCACAUUGGACCACACCAAUUUUCUUUCUUUCUUAUUUUAUUUAUUUAUUCCUUUGCUUCAGUACCUAACCCUUCAAUCUCUGCUAUUUAUAUCCUCUUAUAUCCUUUGCUUCUUAUCAAGCGAAGCUCCCAUGGCAGCCUCUCCUUCCGAAAGAUUGCCUUGUUUAAAUUUUUGGGCCUUCCAUGGAGGAGCUAGCUAGGGUGCACCACCAUCCGAUGAAGCUGCCAGCAUGAUCUUAACCUCCCUCCUUUGUUGAGGAAAGAUCAGAUCAUGUGGCAGUUUCACCUGUUGUUGGUUGCACCAAACGAAGCACUUAACCCUAAUUCCCUUCACAUGAAACCCUAAUUCCCAAAUCCCCAUACCCCCUUUUUCCCCCUGUUUCAAUCCCUAGAAGGGUCUUUCCUUUCCCUUUGAAUGAUUCAGAUUCAUCCUGGGUUUAAUGGGUUCUCUUUCCUUUUUCUCUAUGUGUUUUGUACUUGUUGGGUAAUUUGUACUUAAUGUUUUGCUUCUUUUGUGUAGAGUUCAUGUAUGGAGAUUUGUAUGUGAAAAAAAAAAAAAAAAAAAAAAACUUUACACAGGAAGAUGUUUGAAUGUCAGGAAUUUCUGUGACAUGAUCAUCUAUUAAUCUUUUUGCUUGUUGGUGGGUGCAGUUUUUUUAUGAAUUCAAGAUCCCUCUGUUCUCCUGGUGCUUUGGUGAUUGAACCUGAUCGAUCAGGUAUUUUGUUCCUCAAGAUGACCGUACGGAUUGAUUUAAUAAAUUAAAAUUAUGGGUAUAUAAAUAAUUAAUACCUCCUGUUUAUGUGCAGAGCAAUGUAUUGUUUGUUUAGGGUUUUCAUACUACUGGAUGUGAUUUUGAGCCUAAUCUCUAAGCAAUUUUAUCUUCUCUUUCCGGUCAUUCUGAAUUGGUCUUACUUUUUUCCCCUAAUCAACACCAGAGAUUCACAAAUGGGGGAGAGAGAGGGAGAGCUGGAACUUUUCUAAAUUUACCUGCUAUAUGGAGUCAUGUAUGGUAAUUACUUGUAGUUUGAUAUGUGAUUUGGUUAAAUCUUGAACAAAUUCCAGCAUUAGGUUACUAAUAGAUUGAUUGAUGAAGG